ACUUUGAUUCUCAGUUCAUUCGCCUCUGAUUUUAUAGGUGCUUUGCUCGUGUAGCAUAUAUAUAUAUAUAUAUAUAUAUAUAGCAUCUCUAUAUUCCUCUGCAGGGAACCAAGCAGGCAAUCCAAUCACUCGCAUCAACUUGUUCUUCAAAAACAUACGACGAAAGUCAUGGACGAGAAGUCUGUCCAUCCUUUCCCUGACGAUGAUGGUGCAGCUGAAAUUUCAAAGACACUAAGAGACGUUCCUCCAAGUGAUUACCUAUUUGAAAUCAAAUCGUUCUCAUUGCUUUCCAAGGCCGAAGAGAAAAGAUUUGAAUCGAGGGACUUUGAAUCAUGUGGUUACAAAUGGAAAUUAUGUCUAUACCCUAAUGGAGAUGAGAAACGAAAUGGGAAAGAUCACAUCUCUCUCUACUUAGCAAUAUCAGCGACAGAUACGUUACCUCUUAAUUGGGAGGUUAAUGUCAAAUUCGACUUUUUGGUGUACGAUCGUAACCUAGACAAGUACCGGACCAUCCAAAAUGCUGAUGGGAGAGUAAGACGUUUCCACAGGUUUAAGACUGAGUUUGGUUUCGCCAAAUUACUUUCCCUCGACACUUUCAAAGAUGCUUCUAAAGGAUACCUCAUUGAUGACUCCUGUAUGUUUGGAGUCGAGGUUUAUGUCAUUAAACCUACUGGCAGAGGAGAGUGUCUUUCUUUGAAGGAGGAAACUUAUGACAAUAGUUACUCUUGGGAGAUCAAAAAAAUUGCAGAAAUAAAAGAGGAGCGUUUGUUCUCUGAACCUUUCACCAUUGGAGAGCACAAAUGGUUUAAGCCCUUUGAGUUCCUCACUUAAUUCUUAUUCUCUAUGUACCAUAACCAGAUGGAAUUGUUUCUUAUAUGUUGUUUUCUUUAUUGGUCUAGGAAGAUACUUGUUUAUCC